AUGGAACUGACGGUAGUCGACCAAAAAAUCGAACCCAGCGAGAAAGGGUGCUCCGAGAAUGGCACAAAGAACGUCAACAACGACAAAGUCCGAGGGAAGAGGCGUCGGAGGCCGAUGUUCAAGAAGAGUGAGUAGGUGGCGGUCGGGGAGGCGCUGAUGGCCUGAAGAUAGAGGUCGAGAUUUGAAUACAAACGGUGGGCUGCUGUGGGGAAGAUAACACUAGACUGCUCCCUAGUGUCGACCAAGAAACGUCUGUCACUGUUUGCCGCAUUCGUGGGUGGUGCGGCUAGAGAUAGAGCUGUCAGGGCAAUUGGUCGCAUUGAUCUAUGGUCUGCCUCAUUUGCUCUAGCUGGAGAUUGAGCCGGGAGAGGUGCAGAGACGAGCUCUGACACUGCAGCAGCCGUUCCAGUGCCCUCUUUUCCGGCUCCUAUUUGUAAGCCGACCGCCGUGACGACCGUGCUAACACACAGGCGCACUGCUAACGCACGGACGCCCCCAGGCUUGGUUUGAGGUAUCUCUUGACCAAUUGCAUUGAGUCACAACUGCGCCCAAAAACUGGCACCAUCUGGCGCGCGUCGGCCGGCUUCGCCUGUCGCCCGCGGGCAUUCGUGGUUACGCGCGCCCUAUCUCAGUCCAUGAACUAACCAACCACGUGCUCACUACUUAGCUGGUCACUUGUUCAUGCUGGUGCAGGCAUGUCAGACACGCAAACAACACAGCGCCCCUACGUGAUGGCAAACGGAGAUUGGACCUAUUAAUGAGGACGGCUACAUGCAUCCCCCAGCGGAUAAGUCCUUAGUUUCUAACAGUUGUCCUUUGCGGAGCCGUCCUAGUAUACCACAAACGAGCGAUGUUUGGAGAUAGAUAGGCGUGCAAGCAAAAUAAUCGAUAAGUACGUUGCCUCUUCUUCAUACUUAAUAUCUGAUAAGUAUUUCAGUAAGGCCCCUGUUAUUUCAUAAAUGUCCACCGUGCAGGUACUGCAAUACGUCCACUGGCAAAUUUGUGAUGAACUUCUCCUUCGUAACGGCAAUUUCCCGCCAGUUUUUGUACUGCCUCCUCUACAAGUGCUACCAUCCCCUCCAACGUUCGUCAACGACCAACUCAAUGUCUGGCCCAGGCCUGAGUCCAUGCAGAGGUCGCGCGGAAAUCUGCAGAACGCACGCACAGUCCGUCGGUCUGUCACUCCCACGUGCGGAAGGAAGAGUCAGCUGGUGAAAAACCUUCUAACGAGCCGCUCAGGACACCCAAUGAAAUCGCAUAACAGUGCACAGUGCGAGGCCUGCCAAUGGGGCGUAUGUUCUGCACUGACUGGGCAAGAGGCGCAAAGAUCAAGACAUCGUUGGCGUCCUUCGCGCAGGCGUCACAGAGAGGACCGGGCACAAAGCCUAGUGGGCCAGGUUGGUGCACCGCCUAAGCCUUCAUUAAAUCAACCCAAGUCAUCAGGAAUUCACUCACCAAAAUCAGGCUCCGAGGCAAGUGCUACUGAGCCGCCAAUGGGGCGAGAUAGCGCCCGAAACAUUCUGGAACUCUGUCUGCAGAUGACAUGCGAUAAUAGCUUCUUCGGUUCGGCCAGAAGGGCAGGUGACAGACGUGGGGUCACCUUUCGCUCCCUUAGACAGGAAGGAGAUAAAGUAGCAGAAAAGAUAAAAGGCUGGAAAUCAGCGGACAAUCUUCUGGAGUCCAUGGACGCAUUUAGCGGGUUAAACAUUAACGUCUAGUUUGUCCAUUUCGGCUGAUCCAUCGAAGAAUUGCUGACUGUUAUCAGAGGCACAUUCAAUCUUGUAUACUGUAUACAUUUGGUUUUUCAAAAAUAUUGAUGCACACUGCGUCCAUAUCUUGUUAUUUGUUAUAUGCUUACACCGCAUAAGUGGAAAUAGUAACCUUUACUUUUACCGCGUUAUCUGUUCAGGAUUAUACACAAAUUUUUCAUAGACAGUGGACAAGAACAUUCGAUGUGUAUGGAAAUGCUGAUCACUCAUUGCCGUAAAAUCAUAUUUAGAUAAUUUUCACAAGUGGAUAUGUUGACCCGGGCCAAAAUAGCGUUUUAUAAGGGCGGAAUUUAAUGUUGUUCUAUGAUUUACUAGUUCGGUAGAAUAAAGUGAAUGGUGGUUAUCCUUUAGAGAGAAAGAUUCCUAGUCACAGGCAUUUUGGUUGGAAGACGAAACACGGGUUAUCGUUGGAACAGCGUUGGAAUGCAGGAAAAAGGAACUGCUAGAUAAAUACUGCACGAAUGUCCGACGUUCUUUCUGAAUAUUAAGCAUUACAUGCAGUGUCCCAUUAUGCUCUGAUAAAGUGGCGCACAAAAUUUUGUAGACAGGUGCAAGACACGCACACCAUUUGACUUCUUGUCGCAUACAGAAACAAGUUGAUGCAUUCUAAGCGCGGCCGAUGGAUUCGAACAAGUUCUAGUUUUUAUCAGGUAACAGUUGCUUCAGUGGUUAUUCGUUCGGGCAUCAGGAAUCGUGAGUAGUUCUUGCUGGUUUGGCAUCUUCAGCAGUAAUAGAUUUCAGUGGGACUACAUUCAACAACUUCUGUGUCACAGGCUACCUAAGAGUAGGUCCUUUUAUAGUCAUAAAUCUUAAUCAGGCGUCAGCACGCAAGUUAUGUUUACAUAGCUUAGCCAUAAAUAAUGCCUGCCGAAAGUACUGACUGUAUCUUUCCCAGUUAAAAUCGUUCAAACCGCAGUAUCAAAAUUCGAAUGACUAGAGAUGCGUUGAACCUGUGUCCGCAAGGCUUUAAUUAACCGUAUACGAAGGUUGUGGAGAUUAAAAAGCCGAUAGCAGUCAGUUAUUAUCUUUCAGCUUAAUUGGUCUAUUCCCACACAACAAGGACAAAUUAAAUAUGCAUUUAUUUAUGUGAGAUUUCUGUAAUGUGCUUAAGAUUGCGCCGAGGAGUUUAAGGUUGACCCACUUGAUACGAUUUACCCUCAUCAAGAUAGUUUUAGAUGAAUCGCUAGUUCUCAGUAAUUAGUUUCCAAAUUGAUGCAUUCAAAUAAAAUAAUUAAGAAUAAAAGACCGAUCGCGAUGUAUGCAUAGGUGAAAAGCCGACCACUGAACUCUGAUUCCUUUUGACAUAUUUUAAAAGUCGUUAUCAAUCUAGACCUGGCUGUAACGGCUGGUUGUGUCGUAAUUAUUAUUUCAUGAAAUGGAGUCGAUCAGCGGCGCAAAGAUCUCCCUGGUUAUUGAAAUGCCACAAGUCCAGCUGAAGCAGUGCCUUCUUGGCUCUGUUUAACAUUAUGGAUUGUAGUACAGCUAUCAAACUAAGCUAGACAAGAUCAAGUCUAUAUGGUAAUUUUGCAUAAAGGAGAAACAAAAUAAACUACCCACAAACGAAGCAGAUUAAAAGGCAAAAACAACUGACAAUAAUAAAUGGCAGUUAAAUAACAGGAGGGGACUCGGCUAACUAAAUUAACAAAACUGUAUAGGUGUGCCUGAACAAAUUUUUCUAGCUUUUUGGGCUAAACACCGGACCAGAUUUCGUUUUUAAAGAAAAAGAGCUGGCGAUGGCGUCCGAAAGAGCGUCUAUCGGAAGAAAAUCUGGUCUGGACAAUACACGAACUUUGCCAGUUUCGUACCCCUUCAACAAAAACGAAAUCUGGUCCGAUGUUUGGCACAAAGGGCAUCGAGGAAGAUCUUAGAAAAAUCCAGGACUUGCUUCGCAAAAACGGGUAUCCUGACAGGUUCAUUGCAAAAAACAUUGCCCAGCGACCAACAAGACCUACCACAUCGACUGCCGAAAAGAAAGCUUUGUUCUUUAAAGUUCCUUUUCAAAGAGAAACUGCGAGUGAACUCCUAAGAAAACGCCUUGUUCAAGCUGUUUCGCGAAACUUCCAAGCAGCAAGGGUUCGAAUAUCAUUCUCUACUAACCCUAUUUUACGCGCAGAAGGUAAGGAUAGACUGCCAAAUCAGACCACAUGAAUAUGCAUCUAUCCCUUCACUUGCUCCUAUGGAGCGAAUUAUAUUGGUCGUACAAGUCGGCGUCUAGUCAAAAGAAUACGAGAACACCUCCCCGAAUGAACGGCAAAAGGCAAAACUAUGAGCAUAAGCAGGGCCAUUCUUGCUCAAGCAGUUGAUUCAGGGCAUCGUGCGGACCACGGUAAAGCUUUUCGUGUAAUUUACAAGGUCCUCUCGAGCUGUCCUAAGCUUAUUGGCCAGUGCCUGUUGGCAACAGCAGAGGCUGUCGCAAUCAUAUCACGAAGACCGACCCGACAGUGCGUAACCGAUCUAAUGAAAUUUUGGCCGAAAUUCUGAAAUGCCUCUCUGGUUAGAAAUGAUUUCUUAGGUGGGGUUGUAAUAUUGAUUACCAUGCGGCAUAAUCCUGCAGCAUUUUGGACUCGCCUGUGCGUCAGAUUCGAAUACACAGUAGGUGGGCUAACUCAAGAAAUGUCAACUGAAAUUCCGAAAUGCGUUUUUGUUCCGAAAAGAUUAGUUAAGUAGGGUUGUAAAACGAAUUAUUGAGCAGCAUAAUUCUACAGUAAAUAAGUAACCUCAGGAUGCCGGCUUCCGAACCAACUUCUUUCCGACUUCAUGCAAAAGCUAUGCACUGUAAAAGAAGACUGCUUAUGUAGCAUGCAUUUUUCUCAGUGAUUUUCGAUGCCCAAAAAAUUCAAUUAUAUUUCAUGGAAAACAGGCAUAAAACUGUUCAUUUUUUGUUAAUUCAGUAGAAAAUUCCGUCUUCUUCCAAUUUUAUACUCGAAGAAGGAGUAUAACUUGGUUUUCAAAAACUUUUCCAAUUCCCAAAUAAUUUUGAACCCCGACCUGCCGUCACACUUGCAUUCAGGGUUUCGAAACUACAAGCCGUCUAUUUUUCGCGUACGGAAAACCAUAUAUUUCUCUACAGUAUUAAGAGAAGACUAUAUGCGGUUCAUAAAAUUUGGCAAUGGAUUUGAGCAAUACUAUUAACUUUACAAGCCACAUUGGUAAAUUUAUGGACAUGGCGUUUUAUGAACGGCCAUUUCACGGUAUUAAUAAAUCUCACAAUAAGAAACUUCUUUAAAACCGACGUAUACCCUUUCUUCGAGUAUAAAGUUGGAAGAAGACGUCACUUUCUACUGAAUAAGGAAAAGAAUGAAACUGUUGAUGCAUGUUUUCCAUGAAACAUGAUUGAAUUUUUUAGGACAUCGAAAAUCAAUGAGAAAAAUGCAAGCUACAUAAGCAGAGUGUAGUUUUUGCAUGCAGCCGGAAAGAAGUUCGUUCGGAAGCCGGCAUGCUGAGGUAACUUAUUUACUAUAGAAGUAUGCUGCUCGAUGAUUAGUUUUACAACCCCAAUUAAAUAAUCUUUCCGAAACGAAAACUUAUUUCGCAAUUUCGGUCGACAUUUCAUGAGUUAGCCCACCUAUUGUACUCCUUUUCGACAUCUUGCGGAAACUGAACUCGGUUAAAAAAAUGACUGCUUAAGUGGUGCGCGUUUUUCACAUUGAAUCUUAAUUGUCUUAUAAACGCAAAUAUUUUUCAUUGAAAACAUGCACAAAAUACGCUUUCCUUACUCGAAUGGUUGAAAAUCACGUUGUCAUUACAUUUUAUACCCUAAGAAAGCUUAUAUUUCGGCUUUAAAAAAGUUUCUUAUUAUGAGGUUUUUAAGACCGUGCGACGUCUAUACAUACAUCAUCGCACAUGUCCGUUUGCCAAUGCUCCUCAUGAGAUGCAAAACAUAGCCCGCGUCCAUUGCAAAAUUUUAUGAACUCUAUGUAGUAUCCCCUUAAAUUCUCAGAGGAAUAUAUGAUGUUCCUUAAGCGGAAGGCGUGCACCUUUUAGUCUGGGAUCGCUAAGCGCUAAUGAAACGGCUGAUUAGGCUCGAAAUUAUUCGGGAAGUGGGAAACUUUUCAAAACCGAAAUAUAGGCUUUCGUCAGGUAUAAACUGUGAAGACAAUAUGAUUUUCUACCAAACGAGUAAAGGAAAGCGUAUUUUGUGCAUGUUUUUUGUGGAAAAUAUUUUAAUUUAGAAGACCAUCAAAACUCAAUGUGAAAAACGCAUGCCACUUAUUUAGUCAAUUUUCACCGAAUGCGGUUUCUGCAAGAGGUCGAAAGGAAGUAAAUUCAACAGCCAGUCUCCUGGCAAGUCCGAAAUAUUACAGGAUUAUGCAGCAUGGUAGUCAAUAUUACAACCUCACCUAAGAAAUCCUUCCUAGUCGGAAACGCAUUUCAGAAUUUCGGUCAACAUUUAAUGAGAUCGAUUACGCACUGUAUGCUCCAAGACGAACCUCGUUCAGGCUCCGCGCUUACCGUGAGCAGAGGCUGACUUACCACAUGCAACUUUCUGCGCCCUUCCGUUUUCGUCCCGCUUGUCUUUUAAAACCAACAAGCUUUCUUUCCUGGAUGUCCUCAUGACUAAACAGGAAGAUGGUUCAAUAAGGCGAUCUGUUUUCCACAAAGAUACAUGGAAAGGCCAAUACUUGCACUUCUUGAGCUUUGUGCCGAUACAACGAAAGCGACAUUUGGUUUAUAAUCUUUUCCAAAGAGCAAGAAACAUUUGCUCCAUCGAAACCCUGGAUGAUGAAAUUACUUGCCUCAAAACAGCCCUGCUUAAACGGGGAUAUUCAACACGAUUCAUUGAAAAGUACAGCAACACUUUGCGGCCAAAAUUGACGGAGCAAUCUGUUCCGAUAAAGCCCGUUAUAGUAUCCUUACCCUUCAAGGGCGACAACAUCUCUAAUACCAUCAAGCGGCGAUUGAUAUGCGCUAUUGAAAAAACUUACAACUCAGCUGAACUCAUCUUCUGCAGUCCUACCAAGGCUAUCGAAGUUCCACGGGCGAAGGAUGCCUUGCCAUUGCACGCCAAGUCAAAUUGUGUUUACGAAUUUACAUGCACUUGUGGAUGCAAGUACAUUGGGCGAACGCAAAGGCAAGUGGCAGCCAGAGCAGUUGAGCACCUGCCUAAAUGGCUUCUAAAGCAAGAGAAUAAGAUUCCACGGUCUUCUACUACAAAGCAUCCCCUUGAUAGUGGCCAUUCGGUUGACCCCAAAAAGUCUUUUCGAGUAUUAGUUCGAGCACGAACUACUCGGUUAUUGCGCUACCUGGAGGCAGCCUAUAUACGACGGGAGAAACCCGACCUAUGUAAACAAUUAGACCACAUGGUCAACCUCAGCUUGCUCUGGUAGACCUAAGCCCUUUUGAUUUUCGAAAUCCCUCGGCAUGUUUACUUCCCUAUUUUCAUUCCCCUGUUGCAUUUUGCGGUUAUCAUUUUAUUGAUUAGUCUACGCGCAGUAUACGUUGACCUUGCUGUUUUAUAUUGAUUUUCUCUGUCGAACUUCAAACCUCUGUACCAUUCUCACUUGUUAUUUGUUUUAUGCAACGACAGGCUGCAGUUGAGAAGCCGUCGCGAAAUUUUCUGGUGCCAUUAAAUUCUGCUGUCCUUGUUUGCUUUAAAUUCAUUCCGGGGAAAUAUUGCUUCAAGUUUCAAACCAACUUAUAUCGAUUUUUCAAGCGCGGACAUGUUCGACUGUAUCCACCUCCCAUUUAAUUGUACUGACCUGAGAAGAAUUUAUCGAAAGCAACGUAUGCUCGUCAACUUGUCUUUUGAAUACCCUUACGUUUUGCCUUGGAACUCGUGUUCAGGAGGACUCACAGAUUGUCAAAUGCAAACGAGAACUUUCUACUUGAAAUGCGCUACUAACACUGUCAAAUGAGAUGGAAGUGACCGUUUCGUGGUAUAGUAGCCAAUAUCAGCAAACCGUACUCCAACCUCAAAGGAGCGCACCCAACAGGACACUGGGACCAUCAUCAUCACGGAUAUGGGCGCCGGCUACACCUUCGCCUUGAACGGUCGCUCCAGAGCAGAGCGACGGGACGCGGGCGUCUCACCUGCCAUCCGGAAUGACAUUGUGGGAUGACUCCCCUGUCUGCCGCAGGACAUCAAUGAUCGCCUGAUGAGCCCUCGCCUGUCUCUUCGAAAGGCAAUUUCGCAACCAUCGUCAGUGUCUAUGCCCUCUCCCCCAAUGACCAGCCCCGACGAGGCGAGGAACAAAUUCUACGAGGACCUGCAUUCCUCUUGAUUGUGCCGACGGCGACCAAGCUGACUGUCCUUGGUGACUCCAACGCCCGCGUCAGCACAGACCAUGCUGCCUGGAAAGGAGUGCUGGGUCCCCAUGGUCUCCACGACUCCAAUGACAACGGCCUGCUCACCCUACGAACCUGCACAGAACACCUGCCCAUCCUGACCAACACCACUUACGCUUCCCGAUGCUAG